UGCCAUCUACUGUUUGCAAAGUACCAUUACUGCGGUAUCAAGUGGCAGAUUCACAUUAUUGUGGCCUUGCUCCAAUUGUGUAUUCAUUUCUUCUGAACCAAAGUUCGGCAAAGGGGAACUUGGUCAAAGCUGAGUAACUCUGCACGGGUAACGCUGGUGCUGAAGGCGUGAGAAUGUUUAAGCGAUGGAGCUGCUGGCAUCGACUGAAGCGGCUGCGGUCGCCCCAGGCCGGAGCCUUCUCCCGCCCGCGCGGCCCUGCUGCCCCGGGAAAUCCGCAUCCUAGCGCCCAUUGUGUGGAGAGCCGGCGCCUGGCAACUAAAGCGGGGGCGGUGCGGAUUGGCUGCGCGUCCGGCUUCUGGGGGGACACUGCGAUCUCGGUUCCACAGUUGGUGUAUGGUGGGAACCUGGAUUUCCUGGUGUUUGAUUACCUGUCUGAAAUCACCAUGUCUUUGCUCGCUGCUGCUAAAGCCAAAUCACCUAAUCUCGGAUACGUACCUGAUUUUGUGCAGGUUGCAAUGGCUCCAUUUAUUAAGGAUAUUCAUAAAAGAGGUAUCCGUGUGGUCUGCAAUGCUGGUGGUGUGAACCCUCUUGCUUGUGCUGCAGCUCUACAGGAGGUUGUUAAGAAAGCACAAUUAGACUUGAAGAUUGCAGUUGUGACAGGAGAUGAUCUAAUGUUGAUGAAAGAUAUGUUAAAAGAAGUGGGUGUCACGGACAUGUAUAAUGGAAGUUCUUUUCCUGCAAAUGUCCAAAGCAUGAAUGCAUAUCUAGGUGCCCGACCAAUCAGCAGAGCUCUGGAUCUUGGCGCUGAUGUGGUGGUGACUGGCAGAUGUGUGGACAGUGGUAUCGUUCUGGGACCUCUCAUUCAUUCUUUUGGGUGGAAACAAAAUGAGUUUGACCUGUUGGCUGCUGGAAGUCUUGCAGGUCAUCUGAUUGAGUGUGGCGCCCAGUGUACUGGUGGAAUAUUUACAGAUUGGCACAGAGUUCCUGACUGGGAUAACAUUGGUUUCCCAGUGGUUGAGUGUUCCUCUGAUGGAAGCUUCAUCCUUUCUAAACCACCUAAAACUGGAGGCCUGGUAUCAUUUGGUACUGUUUCUGAGCAGCUUGUAUAUGAGAUUGGUGACCCCCGUCACUACCAAUUGCCUGAUGUUGUCUGCGAUUUCUCCCAAGUUACCAUAUCUGAAGUGUCAGGUAUAGAAGGUGGAGCUGUGCAUGUCCAAGGAGCAAAGGGAUUACCUCCAUCUGACAGUUACAAGAUUUGUGCUACGUAUUCAGAUGGAUACCGAACAACAGCUGUGUGUCCAGUGGGAGGAUGUCGGUCUGUGGAGAAGGGAACAAGAACAGCAGAGAGCAUUUUAAAGAGGGUGCGACGUAUGUUCAAAGAAGUUGGCCUAGAUGACUUCAAAUCAGUUAACGUACAGAUUCUGGGAUCUGAAGAGACCUAUGGAGGCCAAGCUGUAAAGAGAACUUAUAGCCCUCGGGAAGCUGUUAUUUGGUUGGCAGUUCAUCACAUGCAGAAGAAAGCCCUAGAACUCUUCUCCCAUGAAAUUGCUCCAGCUGGUACUGGAAUGGCACCAGGUCUAACGGGAAUUGUUGGCGGAAGACCCAAGGUGUCUCCUGUUCUGAAGCCAUUCUUCUUUUUACAUCCAAAACAGAAUGUUACGAUUGAUAUAUUUAUGAAUGGAAGGCACAUGGAAACAUUUAAAAGAAGACUUUAACUAUCCACAUCUACCUGCUUCAGAGGAAAAUACAGAACAGGAGCAGGAUGAUCUAAACGAUUUACCUACUGGGCCUUGCAGCUAUCGAUUAGAAGAACUUGCUUACACCAGAAGUGGUGACAAAGGCAACACUGCUAAUAUAGGAGUCAUCGCUCGGCACCCUCUCUAUUAUCCUUACUUACGGAAAGCAGUGACUGCCGAGGCUGUAGAGGAAUAUUUCCAGCAUCUAAUACAGAAGGAAGAUUCUGACACAAUGAUGGUAACCAGAUUUGACCUUCCGGGAAUCCAGGGAUUAAAUUUCGUGCUGAGAAAUUCCUUGGGUGGCGGGGGCGUUGCAUCUUUAAGGAGUGAUCCGCAGGGUAAAGCGUAUGGACAGAUGUUGUUGGACUUCCGAUUGACAAAUGUUCCUGAUCUAAAGACACUUGUGGAGGAAUAGCGAGCUGUAGAACUCGGAGAGCUUGGGAUCCCAUCCCGCCCGCCUGUUUAGCUCAGGCACUUCAUCUCUUGACUCCUCACGGGGGAUGUCUUUUACAGACCAGAACACAAAUGCCAGAUUAAUGACCUCUUCUGCAUAGGAAAGUAAAAUAAGUAAAAUUUUCGUUGCUACUUGUAACUAUUCUGAUUCCCUUCUCCCAACGACUUUACUACAGAGACUGAGGAAAGGGAAACAAAGUUAAUGAAGACCCUUCGUCCUUGGUAGUAAAAAUGUUCUUCGACCUUGUGAGGUCGUGAAAGGCGCUUUACAAAUGCAAGUCUUUUCAGCUAAACGGUGUUAAUUGAGUGCGUGUUUAAGUACUAAAUUUCAUAAUUUAACAGAGUUCUCCACUGUAAUUUAUGAAAAUCAAAUGUGCAUGUUAUCAUUGUACAAUUAAUGUCUGCUGCUGCGAUCUUUAAGUAUCAGAUGCUAUACGCACGUUACAAUUUGUUAGCCGUACUUUAACAGGAUAAACGUGUUGUGGCUCACGUACUUCCUGUGCUUGACCUUUUUAAUUGCAGUACAUGUCAGAGGUUGCUCAUUUGUUUUAAUCUGCGGUUGGGAGGUGCUUGAAUUAAACACAUAGGCACCACUUCGUAGCCACUGGACUGCUAAUGGCAUCUUUAAAGCAACAGAUGUGCCUCCCUCUCGUCGGUCCGAGAACUCCGGCUGGACGUGGACAGUGACGUAUUUGUUGAUUUUCCUGGGGCCAACGAUCCUUUUCUGGGCAAUAUCCUGGAAUAGUCGAUGAGUCGUUUUAUGAUAAAAACGUGAUUUGAAUGGGAUUCUGCACAUAAACUUGAUUUUAAUUGUACCAAAAGUGUAAGCUUACUUAUUAG